ACCGCAGACCGGAACUCCUAUGGUCUUUGUUGGACCCCACAUAACCACUGUCCCUCAAAUUUUGAUAAUCUCACUAAUAGAAGAAUAAAGUUUAAGCCUUGAAGAGAAACAAACCCUUCAAUCUUCUUUCUGCCUAAUUUUCCAUGGAGGACCUUCACAGAUCAAGGUCUUAUGCAAAUGGGCAAAUGAUGCAGAUGCAGAGUUACUAUGGAGCACCUAGGUCUUAUGAUUUCAGGAGCCAGAGUGUUUCUUAUGAACAAACUCAAAUGGGUCCUAAGGACUUAAAGUUGAAGAAAGGGAAAAGCUUUUCUGCUGGGUCUUCUUUCUCCAAGUCUUGGAGCUUAGCUGAUCCUGAGGUUCAGAGGAAGAAGAGGGUUGCCAGCUAUAAAAUGUAUUCUGUGGAAGGUAAGGUCAAAGGAUCCUUCAGAAAGAGCUUUAGGUGGCUUAAGAACAAGUACUCGCAGGUUGUUUAUGGCUGGUAGUCAUUUAAUUGGUACUUGUAUUUAAGGCUCUCUUUAUAAAUCUGAGUUGUGUUCUGUUCAUGAUAAGAAUUGUAGAUUAAUCAUUUAUGGGUUAUGAUUAGUUUACUUGAGUUCUUCAAAUCUUUUGUUUAUAUGUUAGAUGGAUGACCCGUUCCUUUACUUAUUGGGUCCUGAAAGAUCUUCCUUGAGUGAUCAAAUUUUAUAUUUAUUUUGCUGUUCAUGAUUUUAAUUUUAUCAUGGGUUUGAUGGAAUAAAUCGUGUUUGUUGUGGUGAUGUUUCCAUUCAUUGAGACUUCUGUAAUAUGUA